CGCGCAGACCAGGGAAGCUGUGAGCUUCCCGCCAUGACUGCCACGCUGGGGCAGGCCCUGGGCUCCCUCCUGCCUACCCUUCUGCUGGGACUCGCAGCUGGGCAGCCAUUCAUCACCCUGACGGGCCCGGCGGAGAGGGCAGCCCCUGGAAACUCGGUGCCUUUCAACUGCACCGCCGGCCCCUUCAGCUCCCAGGACAUCAGUGUCACCUGGAUGAAGGACUGGGAUGAGCAUCCAGCCUCCGCUCAGCGCCUGGUGACUGAUGACAAAGGCAAUUACUCCAUCACCAGCAAGGUGUGGCUGACGCUGGUGCGCCAAGAUGUCUCGUCAGAGAUCACCUGCGAAGUCACCCACAGGGACCUGGCAGCGCCCCUGCACAGGACCAUGAACCUCUCCCAAGUGCUCCGAGUCGUUCCCACCGUGAAGAUCACCGCCCAGCCCUCCGAGGCGAACACCCCCCAUCAUCAGAGAGUGAAUCUCACUUGCCACGCCAGCCACUUCUAUCCCUCCCACCUGCACCUCACCUGGAUGGAGAACAGGCACACCGUCCACACCGUGCCGGCCCCCCAGGUCACCAGAAACGCAGAUGGGACCUACUCUCUGGCGCACACGUGGCAGGCAGCGGCCAAGCCCAACGGGAGCGAGUUUGCCUGCUGGGUGGUCCAGGAUGAGCAGCCCCCGGUCCAGGCCAACAUCACCCUGCGGGCUCAGGCGUCCCGGCUGAGGAAAGGCGGGAGCAGCUACUCUUACACCUUGCAAGGCCCCCCUCAGCGAUCAGAGCCGGGCACAAGCAUCCUACUGAAGUACACGUCCUCCGGAUUCCACACGCAGCACGUCACGGUGGCCUGGCUGAAAAACAACCACACGCUGCCGACCUCCCAGACCAGCGUCCACCUCAGCAGAGACACCUACAAUGUGAGCAGCAGCGUGCGCGUCCCCCUGCAGGCUGGGGACGUGCGCUCCCAAGUCUUCUGCCUCGUCAUGUACAAGUCGAAAUUGGCUUUCCAGAAAACCAUCAACCUGGACCAGUACCUCCGUGUUUCCCCUGCAGUGACAAUGUCUCAGGCUUCAAUGUCCUCGGACUUGGUAGCAAUUACUUGCCACGUGCAGAGAUUCUAUCCACAAAGUGUGCAACUCACCUGGCUGGAGAACUGCGAUACAUUCAAGGGAGCUGAGCCAUCCACACCCAAGAAGAAUGUUGAUGGGACCUACACCCUGGAAAGCUUGCAAUGGGUGAAUGCAUCAGGGCACGGGUCUGAGAGGGUAUUCACCUGUAAGGUACAGCAUGAGGCACAGCCUUCCAUCUGGGCCAACCUCAUACUGUCCCCAGCAGCCCACGGGACAUACAAGCCCAUUGAAAACCCAGGUCCAGAGACACCUGCCCUUAUCUUUGUGGCUUUCCUACUGGGCCUCAAGCUGCUGCUGGUGACGAGUUUCACAGUCACCUACAUCCACAGGUGGUGGAACCUGUAACAGGUAAAUUGGGGGGAGGCCUUAGUCAUGAGGGAGGAGGUCAGGGCCAUUGUCAGGGGCUGGCAAGAGGAGUCCAGGGCAUACCCACAAAGUCACAUGGUUUCUACAAGGUGAUCCAGCUUCAAGAAGUUUGUGAACACUUAUUUUCUCCAAACGGCUCUUGGAAUUGUAAGAGCUUUUAACUCUCAUGCAUUUUGUAGUGCCCUGGUGUUUGAAAGUUUUCAAAUUCAGUUCCUUGGGACCCCAGAGUGUACAAGUGGGAUGAAGGCCAAAGCUUUGAGACCCAGUUUGGGUCUCAAAGAGUCCCCCCAUAAACUACUAUAUAUUUUGGUUUUUAUAUAUCUUCGGAAUGAAUAAGAAAGU